AUGCUACAUAAAGCUGUUGGUUUACUAAAAAAUGGGAAACUUUGGCCUCCUUUUUGGCAUUUGAGACGUAAACUUCUCUUGUUUGUGUUUAAUUGUUGUUCAAAAUUAAACAAGGUAUUCCCCAAUUUCCCUUCACUACUCAAGAUGCCACUUUUUAAGGAAAAAAAACAAGGACCAAGAAAGAUGAUAAAACGAGAAAAAGAAGAUAAAACCCAAAAUGAGGAUAGAGAAGGCGAAAAAGUGGAUACACAAAAACUAGAAAAGGUGAAAAAACAGAAAAGAGUACAGGAAGAUCAAAAAGGAAAAGUGGAUGGAGAAGAGAAAGAAGAUAUAGAAGAUAAAGAAGGUGAAAAUAAAGAAAGUGAAUCUAAUGAAAACGAGGUAGAUGAAGGAAAGGGUAAAAAAGAUGAGCAAGAAGAACAUGGAAAAAAGAAUUGA